AUGCCUGCCCGCAAGCGCGCCGCGAGCGAGAUGGAGCGGGAGGAAAGCACCGAGACGCCGAGCACGUUACAGAGACUGCGCAGCAUGUGGCAGUUUGCCAACCUCGCCCAGUACGUUGCCCUAUUCGGCGACGCCGUAAAGAUCGACAAGGACUUCGACAUCGAGGAGCUGGAGUCCGAAUGCCUGAAGCCUGGGCCGUCCGAGAAGCUCGCCGCCAUCGGCCUGGCGCUUCUGAAGCAUGUGUCGUCACACAAGGGCCUCACGCCAGCCAUCUUCGAUGAAUACACACGCCGCCAAUACCUCGCCAAAGCACCCGAGCGCAAUCCUUUCGGCGAAGAAGACGAGCCCAACAAGUUCGACGACUUUGACGUCUUCACCAAAAUACGCGUUCUGCAGCAGCUCUCCACGUGGACACUGAACAACCCAAACUCGAUACGGGAAAGGCUAGCCGCCACCGACAGCGAACAAACACUAUGGCGCAUGGAACCUACCGGCUGGGACUCGCAAGAUCGAGUUCUGUUUGUGCUCGACGACAACCGCAUGUACCGCCGAACCGAUCCCCCUGCUUCCGCGCCUCCACAAAAGGCAAAAGCCAAAGCCAAAUCGAAGUCAAGGGCGAACAAGUCAAGAGGUACCCGGGCUAGCAAGCGUCAGAAGCAGUCGACGCCGGAAGUAGAGGACGAGGACGAGGACGAGGACGAGGACGAGGACGAGAACGAGGACGAGGACGAGGUCGAGCAGGAAGAGGCUCCCGCGGUUCAAGAGCCAGAAGUAGUCGAAGACGGUCUUGGCGGCAUGAAGUGGGAGUGCCUCUGUGUCACCCUGGAGGAUUACCGCGACUACCUCAGCGGCAUCCGGAGAAGUCGUGACCCCAACGAAAAGAUACUGUACAAGCGUCUCGAGGAGGAGGUGAUUCCGGUAAUGGAGGGGUUGGCCGAAGAACAGGCGCGGAAACAAGCUCGCAAGGCAAGAGAGUUGGAAAACCUGCAGAAGCUCGCCACAGCGAAACGCUCUUCUCGCAUUUCGGCCAGGGUCGAGAAGCAAAAGGAGGUCGAGGAGGUCGAGGCUGCGGAGCGCAAGAGACAAGAAGAGCUCGCCAUGGCCAAGGCCGAGCAGGCGAAACAGAGGAAGCUGGAAGAGGCACACGACUCUCGCAGAAUGACACGAGAGCAGCGGCUUCGUGAACGCGAGACUGCAAAGGUCCUGAAGGAAGAAGAACUGCGCAGGCUACAGGACAACGAGCAAAAGCUGGCUUCCAACAACGCCCGUUUGUCUGAACGACAUCUCAAAGCGAUGAUGAAACAACACGAGGCCGACCUCAAGAGACUCAACGAGGAAGAAGACUGGUUCUUCGACUGCGAGAAGUGUGGUGUCUACGGGUCGAAUCUGAACGACAACUCGCCGCAGGUGUCGUGUGAGAAGUGCAACGUGUGGCAGCACGUCAAGUGUCACGGCAUCUCAGAAGAAGAGGUGGAGGAUCCAAAGUUCGAGUUCAUCUGCACAUCGUGUAAGCGCAAAGAGGAGGAUGCUAACCAGCCCAAACUGCCGCCCCUAAAACUACGAAUGACUUCGGCUUCACCAGCUUCUCGAGCAAACGGCGAGGUUUCUUCGACUUUGCAACGCCGCUUGGAGUCUGUCACAAUCCCUGCACCCCGUCCUGCCUCGUCACAAAGCCAUCAACCACAUUUCCAGCCUGCACAGCCUUGGGUCGAUGGGCCUAGUCUGUCUCCUCGUGGGCAAGCUCUCGGACCUCCUGGCAUCCAAAACUCGGAAGCUGCUUACGGAUCACCGUCUCGCAUCCCAGACGGCAGUUCUUCACCAAUACGGCAGCGACCGGCCUCUUCCUCACGACCAGCUGAAAGCUCUUUCAGGUCGAAUGGCCUUGGUUCUUCGCCGCCGCCCUUCAAUCUACCGCAAGCACCAACAAGUCCGUUCAAGAGCAUUCGCAUGCCUCUUCCCCAACAGAACGGCGGUUCAUUUGGCUCGUCAAAUCCAUUCGGUCCAUCACAGCACACGCCCGUGGCCCAGACCUUCAACCAGAGCUUCAAUCAGAGCUUCAGCCGACCAAGCACAGCCGCUGGACCCGCUGGAUCUCCAGUAAAGCAUUCGCCCGCAAACUCACCGCGCCCCGCAAACGGCCUCCCAACCGUCUACAACUUCAACAGUCCGCACUCUUCCUUCCCUCCCAGCUCCGUACAACGACCCUCUUUCUCACCGAUAAAGCACAGCUCGCCAGCCCCGACGCCACACAUGUCUUCACCCGUACCCGCGCCGGCGCCUGUGCGCAUUGCUCCCUCGCCAGGCCAGAUGCCGGCGCAAAUCUUACCCGACGCCAUCCCCGCGCCGCUGAAGCACGACGGCGCGCGGCCGACGAGCAGCCACGAGAUGAGCGAGACGCCCAUCUUCCCGCCCAUCAAGAGCCUGAACCCGGACGCGAGUCCGCAGAUUCUCAGCCCGCCGGUCAAGAAGAGCAGUCCGUCGCCAGACCGGCAUCGACUUGUCCCGCUUGGCGAGAACGGGCUCGGCUCGGCUCAGUAA